CCUUCGCGCUGCCCGCACCACGCCCCUUGCUAUGGACAGUGCCAUCACUCUGUGGCAGUUCCUUCUUCAGCUCCUUCAGGAGCCUCAGAAUGAGCACAUGAUCUGCUGGACGUCUAACAAUGGCGAGUUCAAGCUUCUGCAGGCCGAGGAGGUGGCGCGUCUCUGGGGCAUUCGCAAGAACAAGCCUAAUAUGAAUUACGACAAGCUCAGCAGAGCCCUGAGAUACUACUAUGUAAAGAACAUCAUUAAAAAAGUGAAUGGUCAGAAGUUUGUGUACAAGUUUGUCUCUUACCCAGAGAUUUUGAAAAUGGAUCCUCUGACGGUAGGCAGGAUCGAGGGAGACUGUGAAACUCUAAAUUCCAUUGAAGCCAGCGGUUCCAAAGAUGCGGAGAGCGGGGCAAAGGAGCGGGCGCCCCAGCCUGCAGCCAAGACAUCUAGUCGCAACGACUACAUACACUCUGGUUUGUAUUCUUCAUUUACUCUGAACUCUCUGAACACCUCCAAUAAGAAGCUUUUCAAGUCAAUAAAGAUAGAGAAUCCAGCUGAAAAACUGGCGGAGAAAAAAACCCAGGAGCCAGUACCAUCUGUCAUCAAAUUUGUAACAACACCUGCCAAAAAGCCACCCAUUGAACCUGUUGCCGUUACCUUUUCCACAAGCCCGAGUAUCUCUCCGUCUUCUGAAGAAACCAUCCAAGCUUUGGAGACACUGGUUUCUCCCACACUACCCUCUCUGGAAGCCUCGGCCUCUGCAUCCAUUCUGGCUACUGCCUUUAACCCCGCCUCUCCAGUCCCCCCGGCACCCCUCCCUCCAAAGGAGCCUCCUAGGACGCCUUCUCCACCGUUGAGUUCAAACCCAGACAUUGACACAGACAUUGACUCUGUGGCUUCUCAGCCAAUGGAACUUCCAGAGAACUUGUCACUGGAGCCUAAAAAUGAGGAUUCAGCUUUGCCAGAAAAGGACAAAACAAAUAACUCAUCAAGGUCCAAGAAGCCCAAAGGGUUAGAACUGACGCCCGCCGUUGUGGUCACAGGCAGUGACCCCAGCCCCCUGGGGAUCUUAAGCCCAUCUCUCCCAACAGCGUCUCUUACACCAGCACUUUUUUCACAGACGCCCAUCUUGCUGACUCCGAGUCCCUUGCUCUCCAGCAUCCACUUUUGGAGUACUCUCAGCCCGUUUGCCCCCCUGAGCCCAGCCAGACUGCAAGGUGCUAAUACGCUUUUCCAGUUUCCAUCCGUGCUCAACAGUCAUGGACCCUUCACUCUGUCGAGCCUGGACGGACCUUCCACUCCUGGCCCGUUUUCUCCAGACCUACAGAAGACAUAACCCAUGCAGUUGUGGACUAAGAGACCAAGGAGCUAAGCAACAGAGAUGUCCAUCAUGGUUGGGUUUGAAAUGAGGGCAGGUUCUGCAGUGCUCGUACAGACUGUUGUAAUUUUCCCAUGGCCUGUCGAAGGCCUUGUCAGGAUUCCCUGAAGUUGGACUGUAUAAAAAUGCCUUAAUUGGAGUCCAAACUCCACCUCACUUCUUUUUUAAAAGGUUGUUGUUAUUGCUGUUUUUUGUUUAUUUUCUUAAGCUUUGUGCAAAAAAAAAAAAAAAAUUGGUCUGUUGGGGUUUAGCUGUGUUUUGCAAGAAAUUUCCAGAACAAAGUUACUGAUCCUACAUGUUAGGACUCUUUGGCCAGGGAAAAAAAAGUAUGCUUAGAAUCUGUUAUUUUUAAAAAAUACUUGUUAGCUGUGUAUGAUGGCCCACCUCUGUGAUCCCAGCACUUGGGAAGCUGAGGCAGGAGAACACCAAGGGUUGAGGGCCAGCCUGGGAUAUAUAUAUAUAUAGAGAGAGAGACUGUCCCAAAAGGAUAAAAAUACUACUUCAAGGAAAUUGGUAGUCUGUUGAAUGACUAAAAGGAGCCGCUCAUGAACAGUGGGAGAAAGAAUCAUUCCUGUUCUUAGGAGUAUAGAGUAUUACCACGGGGAGGCUCUGUUUUCCUGUGAGCUCUGACAUGAUGGCUCCAUAGAAAGGCAUCUUGUUUGCCCUCAUCCUGGGUGGGAUCUCUGUGCUGUACCUGUGAUCUCGUCUGAACCUGUCAACAGGCCCUGGGUUUUUUUUAACACUCAGGCUCUGAAAGCUCAGUUUUAAUGUGGGUUUUGGGGCAUUCCAUGAAAAUACAGGACCCCCACUUCAGGCACAGACCUCUUGUCUGCUCUCUGAGUGGUGUGGUUCUGUAUCUGUGCAGCACAUCUCAGAAAAUGAUGAUUGUUAGGAGAAUAGAGUUGGGGUUUGAAAAUUGAAUAUUGGAAGCAAGCAAAAAGGUUCAGUUGAAAACCCUGAGACACAAGGAGAGGCCUUUCCCAGCCAGAAGACACCCAGAGUGACGGCCCCCUUUUCUUCUUGCUAAUUUUAUCCACUUCUGUGUGCACUCACUCUGUGUCCUUUUACAUCUGAGGUCGGAGGAUGAAGCAGUGUUAGGGUGUAAUCAGGAAGGUGGGCUUGAAAGUGAAACUUUCCCGUCAGUCAGGAGAUGAAGGUGUGCUCAUUUCUUUCCAAAAGUGGUUUAAAUUAUGGAGGAUCAGAUUGCAUGUGGCCAUUCUCAUACAUAGGAAUAUGCUUGUUAAAUUAGUAAUGAGAACUGCUUCUCAUUACUCUGGCUGCCUUGUCAUAUUGUCACAUUUAUGAAAUACUGUGUGGUAAGUCAGAGCCAGGAGUACGCAGGGACAUUGAUCUCUCAGACUGAAUUGAGAGCAGUCUCAGAGUGGAAUCUUGAAAAUUUUGACUCCUAAAGUCCAGAACUAAAUUAAAUUACACGCCCCACCCUCCACCCAUUAAACCCAAGACACGACCUGAGUGGAAUGACGUAGGGGCUGGCAAGCUCAGAAUGACCCACAGAUACAGAGUGGCGUCUUUCAGGUGCACAGCACUGACUGUCCGGUGCAGAGACGCUGAAGUACAGAAGUGUGUGCUGGCUGGGUAGUGAAGGGCGGCAGUGAGCUCCCGCUUCGUGGGGCAGUUGGAGACCUGUUACUGGUUGCUUUGUGGUUGUCUACAUGUUCUGUUCUCAUGACGUGCAAUAGUAGGGUUGAAAGGUCGUGUUCAGAGUGAAGGGAACAGGCACUGUAACGCGCUUUCUUCCCAUGUGGAAUAUUUAGUUUGCAUGCAUAUUUGGAAUUACCCUCAGCAGCACUUUGUAGUAAUUUAGUGGGUUAAUAUAGUGUGUACUAAGUAAAUAUUGAGAGUAGACCUACCUAGGUGUUUGAAAUUCUAGAAAACAUAAAAAAGUUUUAUCUUCCUGAGUUAAAGGAGAAAAGCCAUUGGUUUAUUUUCACAGAUGAUAUAUUUGAUAACUUGCUGUUUUUAGCACAGAGGUGCCAUGGAUCCAAGGGCACCAUUGAAACUCAGGCUGGGUGUGGUAGCACAGGUCUGUGAUCCCAGCACUUGGGAAGUGGAAGCUGGAGGAUCCAGAAUCAGGGAUGGUCUCAGCUACGUAGUGAGUUUGAGACUAGCUUGGACUACAUGAGACCCUGUCUCGAAAAACAGAAGCAAAAAACUCAGAGCAACUUUGUAAGAAACCAUGAGGCCUUGGGCAGUAGAGGGACCUGCUUUCUUCUUGAAGUGAGUGAAUUCGAAGAAGUGUGUGUGUGUGUGUGUGUGUGUGUGUGUGUAUCCUUUUUAAAGUCAGUUUAUAACCUUGCUGUAUGUGUGAGGCAGACAUUUCUUCCUGUAGACUACCUCCUUCCUGAAAAAGUCUGAGCUUUGUAUGGUUUGAAUAACCAUAGAAUUCUUAGCGUCCACAGGUCAGUAUUCAGGGGAGAUUCUGUACCUUCAGCUCACAUCUGGCAUCCACGCCCAGUCAUUUUGCCAGGGCAAAUGGUGCUGGGCAUCAGUAGACAGAGGCAGGGGAGAUGAGCAGGUUGUCAGGGGUUGAGACAUCUUCUGAGGCCUCUUGGCUUUUCUUCUGCUCUGGACCAUCUCUGCUCAGCUCAGUGACUGAAGGUGUAAGAGUCGGGGUUUCAGGGUCCUGGGAAGGCCUGGGUUUGGAGAGUCUGCUGGUUUCCUUGGUUUUCUGUGGCUCAGUGCGGUGCCCCACACCCCUGUGUAUACUUCCCUGGAUGCAUUUUCACCUGAUCUGUACUUUUCUCUUACUCAUGCUGAUUUUUUUAAAUACAAAAUUAAAAUGUCAGGUCUAACUUAAGUGAUCUUUUAAUGACUUCUCAUAAUAUUAUUGUGAUGUUACAGUCCUUGUAGUCUAUGUGUUUGAAUAAGGGUAGACAUUUCCACUGAUUAAAAAAAUAUGUAAUAUAUAAUUGAAUCUAAAAGCCCUCAGAAGGCCAUCAUUAAGCUUCAUUGAGUUAAAAUAUAAGUUUAUUUUCCCUUACAUUUUAACAGUUAAAAUAUAAGUGUAAUUUUUCCCUCUGUGGUUUUUGUUUUUGUUUUUGAGAUAGGAUCUUUCUAUGUCACCCAGGCUGUCUGUGAACUGAAUCCCAAAUGCUGGCAUUUACAAGUGUACACUACCAGGUCUGACUGUUUUUUCAAAUUUUGGUGGAGAAAGCAAGGCCAUGAACUUGGAUAGAGUACUGGAUUUUUCUUCUUAAACUGGAAAAUUCCUUUCAGAUUUGUAUUCUGUACUAGAGAUCAAAAAAGGCAGGAGUGGCUGGCAGGUAUACCAGAGGCUUGGCCUUCAUGGCGUAAUGCCAGCUGCUGAUGUUACCACAGUCUUUUGUUCACCUUGGCCUUGUGCUGGGUGAGGUCUAGUACUGUUUUACUGAGGCCUGUGAUUUUCACAUUCUGAAAGGCAGCUUUAUGUGGUAAUGUCUUAAGCACCAUUGAGACCCUCAAUAGAAUCGUAGAAGAACAGUUGGCAGUCUCCUGGAACACACACCUUGAUUAGGAAAAGGUUUUCUUUUGCGUUUAUUUUCUUUUUUGAUUUUGGAGACUGGGUCUUAGUCUUUAGUCUAGGCUGGCCUCAAACUCUUGGCAACCUUCCCGCCUUGGUACCCCAAGUCCUGGCAUUAUGACUGUAAGCUGCUGUUCGGCACAGUAGACGUUUUUCAACACAGAAAUUUCUCCCCAGAAUUCACUCUGUUAACAUGACAGUCACACUGUGACAUACACAGUGAAGGGUUAGCAUAAGAAAUAAAUGCUGCAUAGCAUCCAGGCCCGCUGAGUCCUUCCCGCGCCCCGGCAGAUGACUCGAGAAUCAAGCACUGUCCUAAAUCACUGACUCAGCAUGAAGUUGCUGUUUGAUUCUCAAAUACAGACUUUUUUUUUUUUAACAUGGAAAAUUCUAGCUUGAAAUUUUCUGGAGCUUUGUCAUAGCUUUUUCCAAUUUCCCAUUAAUUCUUUCUCAUGGGAUUCAUUCCCAAAUGCCUUCUGGAUUCCCUGCACGUCCUGACAGCUGUUCCUUUUCAUCUCUGUGUUACGCACGACUGACAGUUUUAUUUUUAUAGUCUUCUUACAGACUUCUGUGACUUUAUGUUAUAUUUUACCAACAGCUUCACAAUUACAUCAGGUUACUUGACGAUGCAGUAUAUGCCAGCUUCCGCCUUCUCGCUGGAUUGUAGAUUGCUGUUUUUGUUGUGUGUGUGUGUUUUUUUUUUUUUUCAUUUGGGACACUUAAGCAGGUGAAGGAACAUUUUACUCAGUGGCUUGUCCUGUUUAUCACUUAUUUACUUCAUAUGUGUCAUUCGCCUGUGCCAAAAACUGGGAGUCAUGCCAUGGUGCCAUGCUUUGGCUUGGAAAGGUGUGGAGACAAGUGCAGGCCUGAGCAGAAACCUGGGGCUGGGAAUGAAUUUCCAGACCUACAGGAUGGAGAGUGUUGAUGCUGUGGUCUGCGGAGCGGGUGGGGAUGUGAGGGGGUGGGAGCGGGGUGCGGGUCUCUAUGGAUUUGAGCGGCUAAGUGUUCUUGGACACACAGCGCUGGGAAGGGACAGACACAUGAUCUGUCUCCGGCAGACACGCCCAGAUGCUGGCUUCAGUGGAAAGCGCUUUGUUAGUUUUCGUCUGGGUCUACUGUUCCCAGUGCGGGCGCUGUCCCAUCAUUCUCUUACAUUAUCAGAACUACUUACUGAAGGCGCGGUCUCCAUCUCUGAGCGGGAUGCUUAUGGGUGAUGGUGCGUCGUGUGCUCCGGGGAACUUGUCGCGAUCAGAGUCAUGUCUUCACCUGUGAACAGCAGAUGGGAGAGGUCAGUUGUCAUCGUGGUGCGAGUGUCCCCAGCAAGUGCUCCAUCUGAAGCUGACAGUCCUUCAAGCUGCCUCGCUGUUGCUGAAACAGAAUGGGACACGUGGCUUGCUUGCCAGAAAGAAGCCAUGUCUUGGGUACUGCUGUCUGUAGUUAGCCCUUGUGAAAGAUAGAAAGGCAGAGUGGCUUGUAGGAGAGUGACGGUCUGCUCACGUGAUUUGACGUGAUUCUGUGGUGCUGGGGACAGAACCGGGACCCUCAUGCAUGCUAAAUAAGUGACCACUACUGGACUACAUCCCUAGCAACAACCUCCUCCAUAACUAAAUGACAGCUUUCACCAGGAAAUUCCUGGGGAUCACAGACAGUGUCUUGAAUAUUAAGUGUAAUGAGCAUGGGGAAGUUUCAUGAAGUUAACUUGUCUUUGAAGUACUUACCUGGGAAUCGAGCACAUUUCUAAGUCCUCCUGAGGUUCUGGCUGAGUACAUCUCUCUUUAUAUACUGCCAUGUUGACCCAGGGCAUGUGACUCUUUCCGUGAGAGGCACAUGUAUCCCUUAGGAUGACUUUUGUUCUAAACCUAAUAAAGGAAACCCCUCACUGCUGCACCCACAGGUGUCACCUUUUAAAGACAGUGCCUUGUUCGGUUCAGUUUUUGUUUUGUUUUGUUUUUUCAAGACAGGGUUUCUCUGUGUAGUUUUGGUGCCUCUCCUGGAUCUCGCUCUGUAGACCAGGCUGGCCUCGAACUCACAGAGAUCCGCCUGGCUCUGCCUCCCGAAUGCUGGGAUUAAAGGCGUGUGCCACCACCGCCCGGCCUCAGUUCAGUUUUAAAUGCAUGGAAUCAUAGGCCUUACAGACCAUUGCCGGUGUGUUAGGGGCCCGAUGCUUAGACCACUCCCAACAGUCUUCCCCUGCAGACGUCUGUCCAUGCAGCAAGGGGAAGGACAUCUUUCCCAGCGCUCUUUGAAUUUCUGUUUGCUUUCAUGUAAGAUUGCUCCUAGCUUGGCUGGGUGGUUUCUCAGGAGGUGUCUAGGGUGUAAGUGGAGGGAGGCCUCCCUGCUUGUCGGCAUCAUUUCCCCUUAAGCCCUAUCUUUUAGCAUUAGCAGGAACCUCAAAGGGGUCAGGCUGAAGGGUCUCAGCUUUGCUGUGCUCCCGUCUUAGUAAGGCCCACUGAUUCUCAUCCCUCCAGGAGUUGUGAGCUGUGCUCAUAUAGCCUGGAAUCUCGUUGAUAAGUUGAGAGGGAGAUGGGGUGCCUGGCAGCUGGCUCACAGGUCCUGCCGAUGGAAUCAUUCUGUGCACUGCUGUUAAAUCACUUGGCACUUUCUCGGGAUCUAUAUUAGCACUGUUUGCUUGUUUGUUGUCUUUUGUUGUUUUUUUUUUUUUGAGACAGUGUCUCACUGUGUAGCUCUGAGAAACUCGAUGUGUGGACCAGGCUGGCCUUGAAUUCACAUAGCUCCUCCUGCCUCUGCCCCUAAGUACUGGGAUUAAAGGCAUGCGCCACCAUGCCCAGCUAUUUUUGUUUUUAAUAACUGGAAGCAGUUCAUGGUUAUUUUGCUUGAUUUUUUUAGCUUCAGGAUAUUGAGGGUCAAGGAAAUAUGGUUUAUUUCUUAUUUCUAGCUUUGGGAACUUAGGAACGUCUGGAGAAGGAAGGAAUGGAUUUCCUGAUGAGCCUUCCUUCCAGGCUCGGUAAGGCAGCCUCUUUCAGCUAGAAUGUAAGUGACUCACAAGCUUUUAAUAUUGUGCUCUUUCGACAUGUAUGAUUUUAAAGAUGACUUGCAUUGGUAGAUUGCACUGUAAAUUUGAAAAGUGUACAAUUGCAAGGGGUUUUAGGUGUUGCUCUCCUUCCUUGUUUAUUUCUGUUAUGUCGGGGACACAGUCCCUUCUGAGACAUUUCAUUGUUUGCUUGAGGACAGCAUUACCAGUGGCCGCUGUUGGCCAGCAUCUGAUGCUGCCAUUGCUGGCACGUGUGUUAGGACAGCAUGCAUGCUUCAGUCUUCCCUGGUGAGCCAGCGUCCCUGGGACCUGCCACAAUGCUACUCAGGCUGAAAACUCACAGAGGAGCUUUGCGUUCCUAGAGGCCUGCUUAGAGGUGUGGCCCUGAGGCUCUUCCCUCUGCUUCUAGCAGUUUCCUUUAAAUAUAAAACUCUGUCUGGGACUGGUAGCACAUCCCUGUAGAGCACCCAUGGCAGGUGGCUCAAAACGGCUUGUAGCUCCAGCACUAGAGGAUCUGACGCCCUCUUCUGGCCUCUGUGGGCAUCUGCACAAAGAUUGAACAAAAACAUACCACCUUUUUUUUUUUUCUUAAAGAAGCUUUAGUUCAUUUUGAUACUGAUUAAUUUGCUUCUAAACAUAAAAUUUUGGGUUAAAGCAAGUUUCUGAGAAUUAUGUCCUUUAUUCACCAAAUGAUUAAAUUGACUUUUUUUUUUUUUUAAAGUAAGUAGGUUUUGUUUUUAUGAGCUGGGUCUUGUCUUGCUUAGACUGAUGUUAGCAAGUCUCUUCGAGUAUCCACCUCCUGAGUAGCUGGGCCUAAAGGUACAUGCUACCACAUCUGGCUUAAAUCUGCAUUAGAGAACGACCUUAUAAUUUCCCAUGAGUCCUACUAGGAACUUUUUAAAAAGACCCUCCUAGCUGGAGCUUCGCAUCAGUUGGUAGAGUGACCACCAGCAUGCCAGCCCACGGUUUGAUCCCCAUCACGUCACAAACUGGGAGCGGAGGUGCAAGCCUGUCAUCCUAGCACUAGGAAUGUAGAGGCAGGAUGACCAAGAAGUUCAAGGUCAAGUGGCAAGUUCAGGACCAACCUAAGGUGCAAGACCCUUGUGAUUAAUGGGAACCAGCCAUGGGUUACUUUACAUUGUGUGUGCUAGGUGUCGUUGAGUCCCAGUGAACCUGGCAGUUGGCGCCACUGUAAGGUGUGAACAUGAUGUAAAAGGUAAAUGACAUUAAAUAACAAACUCUUACUUUUCAUUCAGUUCGUCUACAGUUUAGUGAAAAGCAUGUGUUCUGCCAUGGAGUGAGUGCAGUGUAUAUACCCCGGUGUGUACACAGCACAGGAUGGGGCAGGGGGAGUUCCUGUGUAUGUGAGUUGGGAUGGAUGGUGGAAAGGACUUGACAGGGUACUCCGCUCCUCAGAGGAACUGUUGCCUGUGCAUCCACACCCCCCCCCCUUGCUUAUUUUAUUGAAAUCUGUAUCUCCUAUUACUCAGUGUCACCACUUUGUCUAAGUAGAUCUGUAGAUGGGUGUAAGCGACACCUGCCCAGAAGAGCUGACAGGGCGAUACUAAUUACAUGUCUUAAUUUAGUUUAGUUUAUAUUAAGGAGACCUGCAAAGUAUUACAAUCACCUUUUGUUCUUUUCUGAAAAAGCAAUUGAAAAGGUAACUGCUAACAGUCCUUAAAAUUAACAUUAGUUGUUGCUGCAGCUGGAUGGAAUGGGACAGACUGUGUCAUUUCAUCUAGCUACACAGUAGCACUUAACUGUAGAGGCAGUGGGGUGUUGUUUUAAGGCUGGUGAAGCCGGUGUGGAGUCAGGAGUGUAGGGAGAUGGGGCAAAGGACGGACGAAUGUGCACUUUGAGGGCUUUCUAAUGCACUGCUGUUCCGAGACGAGGCAGCGGUCCACUGGGUGCAUCUCCAGGCAUUGCAGGACCACCCUGAGGAGCCAGUCAGGCAGGGGUCCCGCCUUCUGUUGCUUCUAAGCUUUCUGCAAAAGCUUUGUUAACUUCCAUAGAGAUCAUGUGUAUUUUAAGAAAAUGAUACAUUUUUUAAAAAACUUUUAUGUAAGAACUGACAGAGGGAUUUGCUUGUAUGUGGGAAGCUGGCUUUAAGAAAGCACUCUGGCAUGUUUACUACAAGUCCAGAGCUAUGGAGAUCUGUUUAUAGAUAUAUGUGCAACUAGAUAUGGACAAUUGUAUUUUUUUAAAAUAAAUAUUUUUAACAAAU